GUCACGUGAUCACAGGUGAAUCCAAAAAGAACGCUAACAUAAACAAACCUGCACAGGAGUGUUGUUGAAAAGAAUAUUCCACCAUGCCUACAGCAACAUCAGAGGCUCUGAGUGCCCAAGAAGCCAUCGAGGUGGUGGGAGACCAGCUAGAUGACCUUCUGGAUGUUGGGGCUCGUCCUGCUGAUCUUGAUUUCCUCAGGGCUCUCCUCACAGACGACAAGCUCUUUAACAUUGUUGAUGUCCAUGAGGAUCUGGAGGUCCAGCUUCCCCCGGCCAAGCACAAUGAGGCAGUGGGCACCACCAGGGACAUGCUGGAUCUGCUGGAAGAGUUUGUCGACAUGCCUACUGCCAAGGAACUCAUGGAUAUCUUGGAUAAUCCCCACUUCCGGGCUCUAGUUGUGGCCCAUGAUGACAUCACCAAUAAAAACUUCGAGGGCGACAUCGAGAGAACCCAUCAGCUGUUGUCCCCGCCUCCUCCUGUAUUCUCUUCCAUCGAAGAACAGGUUCGGUUCGUCAACAUCAGGAAGUCGCAGACGGAGCCCCUGGGAAUCACAGUGAAGCUGGAUGAGAUGAAUGACCUGGUGGUAGCUCGUAUCCUGCAAGGCAGUAUCGUUGACAAACAAGGUAUGUUGCACGUUGGUGAUAUCAUCCGUGAGGUCAACGGCCUGCCUGUUGCCACGCCUGAGCAGCUGAUGGAGAUGAUCAUUGACUCGGACCCAGAAAUCACACUCAAGAUUGUGCCCUCUUUCCAGAAUGUUCAGAAGACAGAACCGGUAUACAUGAAAGCUCACUUCAAGUGGGACCCCCUGAAGGAUCGGCUCCUGCCGUGUAAAGAAGCUGGACUGCCCUUCAACGAUGGUGACAUCCUGGAGAUUCUUAGCUCUGAUGACUCUAACUGGUGGCAGGCACGCCUGGCAGACAUCAAUGGUCCCGUGGGCCUCGUUCCUUCCCAAGCCCUGGAGGAGAAGAGAAAGUCCUUUGUCAACCCAGACCUAGACUACUCCAAGAGCAGUUUGUUUUGUGGGCUGACCAAGAGAAAGAAGAGGACCAUUAAAUAUAAUGCAAAAGACAACAAAGAAUAUGAUAAAGCUGAUGUGCUAAUCUAUGAGGAGGUGCGUAGAAUGUCGCCGUUUGAGCGUCCUUUCCUUGUCCUUGUUGGGGCGAAGGGUGUAGGACGGAGAGCGCUGAAGGAGAGGCUUAUCAAAGAUGACCCAAGGAGAUUCGGAACUCCUAUUGCUCACACAUCUCGUGCUCCCCGGGAAAAGGAAGUGGACGGCCAGGGCUAUUACUUCACGGAUCGCGAGUCCAUCGAGCGAGAUAUCCUUAGCAACCAGUACAUAGAACACGGAGAGUUCAACCACAACUUGUAUGGCACGCGGGUCGACUCCGCUUGGGAUGUGGUGAAGUCUGGCAAGAUGUGUGUGCUGGAUAUCAGCCCCACGUCUCUGAAAAUGCUGAAAAAUGCUGAGUUUAUGCCAUACAUUGCGUUUAUCGCUGCGCCGAGUGUGGAAGCUCUCAAGGUCAUGUAUGAAGAAGGGCGACGUUUUGCCAAAGGUGGCAGGGGUCGAGGAGGAGCAUCAGUUGUAGAGGUGAAAAGUGAGGAAGAUUUCAUCACCACUGUGAAUGAGAGUGCCCGCAUCGAGAAACAGUUUGGCAGCUACUUUGACGAGAUUAUUGUCAAUGACAAUUUUGAGGAGACGUAUCGACUUUUACGCAAGUCUCUCAACGACAUGACCAGCAAGCAGCAGUGGGUGCCUGUCAACUGGGUCCACUAGAAGUGAACAUGGUGUGUGCCGGUCAUCUGAGUCCAAAAGUACUCCCUGCUGUGGUUGUGUUUUCUCAGGGUAGGGGCAGAAUUUGUCAGGAAAUCUGCAUUUAUAAAAUGUUGUAUUUGUAUCCCGAGCACUACCAACCAGGACGGUUUAGCAAUGUGGAGUGUUGUCCUCCUAUAGAAGAAUGCGGAUUACAGAGUGCAUUGCCUUUGUAUACUAAUAUUGUUUCAGUAGGGAAAAUAAGGUGCUUUUUUUCCCCAUAGUAUACUGUUCUGGUGCAGGGUUUUUGGUAGAACUUAAGUGAAUGGUUGUGGUAGGCCAUUUAAGGUAACUUGUUGCCGUGUUGUGUGCCCUUUCACCCCACCCACUGUCCCAGGGGAGUUUCAAGUUUGUAACUGGUUUGUGUUGACAGGACAAGAGAGUUUCUGUGGUCUCUUGGUACGCUGUGCAGAAGAUACGAGACAAGCCCUCUUCUCCUCUUUAGCUUCUGUGGUUUAAUGCUUAGGCUCUUUCCUGUGAGUGCUGGAAAUGUGAGUUCACUUCCCAAUGGAAGAAGAUAUUGUAACUAGUAUCUCUCUAUUUCUACUUGGGUUUAUCCCUCAUAGCUUAUGAUAGCCCUGAAAGGCAGGGUUCAAACAGCUUGCCUUCUUUCUGUCAUUAAUUGUGUCAGUUUGGUGUUUGACGUUUUACCCAACAAACUCUCCCAUUAAUAUCUCAACACUUUUAACACUUUGCAGUCACUUCACGCAAUAAUGCGAUGGUGAAAAUUAUCCGUUCCGGUCACCUGGCCCCAGAAGUUAGUUGCAGUCACUCUCCUGGCUGGGUGACCAGAUGGGGUAUUUUUUACUGCUGGCUGUGUGACUGCAGUGUUAUUAUGUGUGUUGAGUCUUCAUGCUAGCUGGUGGUGUGAGGUUGUUUUGUGGGUGGCAUCUGAGUGUAUACAUGUAUGCUCCACUCACAUGUCAAGCAAUGAGGCUUAGUUUUCCAUUUUGGGAUGUCCCCCUUCCUGUGUAUCACAUAGGUGACAAAGCAGCGAUGGGAAUGUAAUCUGUUGCUCUGUUUAAUUCACCACAAUAAGACUCAUAUAGUUUUUGAGAUCCUCUUCAUCCUCUCAAAUUCUCUUGCCUUGAUGAUAAUUGUCCUGUAAUGGUCAUAAGGUUUGAGUUAAUUAAAAAAAAAAAAAAUUCAUUCCAUGUUAUUAAUUGGAUUUUGAUGCAAAUUGUAUAGUCUCUCAAUUUGAGAGGUGUAUAAACUUGUCAUGAGAUGGGUCAGGAUGAACCACUGUUCUUUUGUGUUUGUUCAAGAUUACUCUCUUGUACUUGUACUUUGAAGCUUGUAAGGCUGUUUUCUGUCCAUUGUCUUCUUGUUUCUGUACCGUCACGCUUGACAGCUCAUGGCCAUAUUUGUGAGGUGGUCGAGAAAAACUCACCCUAAUUAAUUAGGGUAGAGUGAUGGAUGCUUUGCACUCUUUCUUCUCCUUGUCAUUUUCACUUGUUGUUCCCACCUUUCCCAGCCGUAGAUGUUAUUUUGUUGAUGUUUCUCUAAAUCUCUGUACCCACAAUUGAAAUGGGUUUUGUGAUAAUACUAAUAUUUUCUUAUCAAUCAUUCCAUUGCUCUAUUUUAUUUAUUCUUAGAAAGCUGCUUUCUUUUUCUUAAAAAACUUAUUACAUGCAGCUUCUUAAAUUGUAGGUUUAUCCAUGUAAACGUUGCAUUCCAAUUGUUUAUGUCCAAUGUUAAAUAUGGUGCAUAAUAAUAUGGUAAUCUUGUUUUGAAGGAUAUCGCCAGCAACUUUUAAUAACUUGUCCAGAGGACUAGCUUCAUUUGAUUCGCCUUACUUUCCAUUUCUUCACUUC